AAGCAGGAAAAUAAAAACUAGCUUGAUUGAAAGGAGCUCCAGCAGUUUUUAAAUACUUUUAUCGAAUUAGACUACUGGAGUGUUCACCGAUAUUCCUUUAAUGUUUUCGCUUAUUGAAACCUGGUGCGGAAACACACCUUCAUAUCAAUCCGGAAUGUUUGUAACUACAUUCGUGUUUGAUCAAGCUACUGUGCUGGAAAAGGAAAGGGCGGUUCCGAUCUUAACCCGACUCGUGAUUUUCUCAAACUUUAAAAUGACAUCACAGCUUAGUAGGAGAGCUGUGCAAAGCGGGGUCGCUGUCAUCGUAUAA